AUGGCUCCCCUUUCCCCAAGUUUCAAGGUUGCCGCGGUCCAGGCUGCACCAGUCGCCUUCGAUCUGGAUGCUUCAAUUCGCAAGCUCGAAGGGCUUACAAAAAGAGCCUCCAAAGAAGGCGCUGACCUCGUUGUCUUUCCAGAAGGGUUUCUGAGCGCGUACCCUUGGCGGUACGCUUUCGAUGCUACCAUUGGCGCAAGAGAGCCCCGGGGUCGGGAAUGGUAUUCGAGGUAUCAUCAGUCGGCAAUCGCGAUCCCUUCGUCGGAGUUCGAUGUCGUGUGCGCCAUUGCCCGGGAUAGCAAUGUGCUGCUGUCGAUUGGGAUCGUCGAGAAGGAGAGAGACACAUUAUACUGUACGACCAUAUUGCUUUCGAGAAAGGGUGACCUGCUAUCCGCUCAUAGAAAGCUGAUUCCCACGGCAGCUGAAAGGCUCGUAUGGGGCCGUGGAGCAGGAGAUGGACUUCAGGUGGUCGAGACCGAUAUUGGGCGAGUUGGCGGGCUGAUAUGCUGGGAGAAUUAUAUGCCCGCAGCCAGACUUGCCCUAUACCAGCAAGGAAUCGAGGUGUACAUCGCGCCCAAUGCUGACGAUCUGCCAUCUUGGGUUGCUUCGAUGCAACAUAUUGCGAAGGAAGGACGAUGUUUUGUCAUCUCGGUGAAUCAGUUCACUAGGGUUGCCGACUUCCCUUCCGACUACCCUCCUUUCACAGCUGGCCAUCAUGAUAGACAGCCUGAUGGUAAGGCGUGGACGCCUGACGCAAUUCUCAGUCGUGGUGGUUCAUGCAUCGUCGGACCAUUGGGCACUUUUGCUGCGUCGCCCGUCUGGGACCAGGAAGCCAUCGUAUACGCAGACUUGAAGAAGGACGAUCUCGUUCAGGCACGGAUGGAUUUUGACGCUGUUGGAAGCUAUUCCAGGCCCGACAUCUUCACGUUAACUGUCAACAAGAAGCCUGGAACCAAUGUGUACUUCACUGAGUAA